CGAUCUUUACCUAACUGGUGGUGGUAAACGUAAAGUGUCCACAAAGACUACACAUACAACACUCUUGACUUCCAGCCAACACAGUCACCCACCUUGGCUACCGUACCAUCAGUGCCUAUUGUAUGGUCUCCUGAGCAUGGUGCGCUCUAGACACACUGAGAGAACCGGACAUCGUUCCCGUAGAAUGGAAGAUAUGCAGAAAGCAGCUCUGUCAGGCCAAGAGGUGGAUACCCACACCUCGAGAACUAGAGAGGAAAAAAGCACUCAGGCCCAAGAUGGUGGGAACACUAUUUUGAUGAUCUCUUGCUUUCUAGGCAUCUUUAUCUCCUACUUUAUUUAUGGACUUUUACAAGAGAAAAUCACUAAAGAGAAAUAUGGAGACGAGAAGUUCCAGUACUUCAUGUUUCUGGUUGGUAUACAAUGUGUCAUCAAUGCUCUCUUCGCAAAGACAGUCAGUGUAGUUCGUGGAAUCGAGGUUUCGCUGACCCCCUAUCGACUGUUCAGUAUGCUGGCCUUCACAUAUGUGGGAGCAAUGGUGGCCAGUAACAGCUCCCUCUCCUUUAUACCUUACCCCACUCAGGUAUUAGGUAAAUGUGCGAAACCGAUUCCCAUUCUGAUCAUGGGUGUAACCCUGGGUCACCGUAGAUACCCUGUCAUCAAGUACCUCAUUGUUCUGCUCAUUGUGGUGGGUGUGGCUCUCUUCCUGUACAAGGACAAAGGUGGGCGGAGUCAGACAGAAGACCAGACCAAGCUCUUCAACAUCCUGGGCAUUGGAGAGUUUCUUCUGAUAGUCUCCUUGACAUUCGACGGCCUGACUGGAGUGUUUCAAGACAAACUAACAACCAAACAUAACGUGAAGGCUCAUCACAUGAUGUACGCUGUUAAUGUGUACGCAGCCAUGUAUCUGGGUGUGGCCAUGUUCCUGUCAGGGGAGGGAGCUGAGGCCGUGGCAUUCAUACAACGACAUCCUUACGUCAUCUACAGGAUGCUACUGUUUGGAGCAACUAGUGCAAUUGGCCAGAACUUCAUCUUCCUGACAGUGAUGCACUUUGGUCCACUCACAUGCUCUAUUUUCACAACGACUCGUAAAUUUUUCACCAUUCUCGGCUCUGUGAUAAUCUUCUCCCACCCCCUCCUCGGCCGACAGUGGGUGGGUGUGGUCUUGGUGUUCCUGGGGCUGGGUCUCGACACGUACUUUGGAAAAGCAAUCAAGAAAAUCCACGGUCACCAUGACAAUAGAUCUCGACAAGAUGGGGGACACUCGGACAAUAAGCACUUACAAAGCAAUGUAUAGAUUUUUCAGUAUCUCAUACCAUUUUAUAUGGAAUUAACAGAUAAUUUUUUUCUGAAACGA